CAACUCCUCUCCCACAGGGGUUGGUUUGGUAUUGUUAAUGUUAAAAAUGACUAUACUUUCAAGUUGUAUAGUGCUUUUCUAAAUACUGCAAGGCACUUCACAGUGUUAACACACAGGGUCAAACCAUUGAUUGGUACUUGUCUAAAUUAACGUACCUGCUGGCAUUAAAGAGAUGGGCGAGGGAGACACGGGCGAGGUUCCAGGCAUGGCCAUUAUCACCAGUAGGAUUACGAAACCACUUGGCCCUCCUUUCAGAUGCCUCUCGCUUAACACGGUGACAUCAUGCGGCUAUCACCGGCUAUUGAAUGUCCUCAUCUCCGGUUCACCGGCUGAUAUAAAUACUUGCUGAUGGAACCUGUCAUUAUCAAGUCUGUGUUCCCGCGGGCUGUAGUGCCUUUAAAAGGGCUGCAGGAAGGAACAGUCUCUUCUCUAAGUAAACGGCGGCAGAUAGAGAGUCGAGCUAAUGACGUGAGUAUAAUGCCUUUGAUAUCAUGGCAGCAGAAUCAGAUGUUAGCUGCCUGCCCUAGUCGCUAGCUAACUGAAAAGUCUGCUGAAAGCCUUACUGGGGUUUGCCCAGUUCGAAUGCAGAUAGGACUUAUCAUGUAGGUAUGAGUCUGCAUACUUACAUGGUAUGCAGAUGUAUGACAUUCGAUUGCUGGUAUAAUUAUUAGUGCCACCUGCAGACAUUGUCGGAGCUUGUUCUCUGGGAAUUGUAGUCAUUGCGUAUAACAAAAACAAUGAAGCAAUGGUGGCUCGCGAUUCCACGAACCAGACCUGGACUGGUCCUCCUCUCCCUUAACGAAACCCUAACGUUUUACGAUAUUAAAUAAAGUACAUGCUUUAAUGUCGACCGGUGAAUCAGGCGCCCUGGGGGUUCGCCAAUAAAAUCCCAGAAUUAACUUACGUUUGUUGGGUCUCUGGUCUUUGCUAUUUUUUUGUGUUCCUUUUUAAAUUAAAUUACCAAACGGCUCGGUUGUCCCUUUUACAGUUUCGGUAAACCAUUAGGGCUGACGGGCAGCAGGACUUCCACCACUAUGGACCCCCGCCACCCCCCUAUCCCCAUAGUGGUACUCUGUGCUUCUUUAUUACCCAGACUCCCCUGCUCCGGCUCUCUGGUGGACACGGAAGAAGUCUCGACCCGUUAAGCCCGCUGCAUUUAUUAAAACCCCCACACUGUUUAACGAGUGGUCCACUCUUAAGUGAAAGAUAUGCUCUUACGCCAGCCCUCGAUUUACACUGGUAAUACCCCCGUUUGGACGGCCGCCAUGUAUUAUUCAGGGGGGGGGGGGGGGCUACGUCUGGAGAGUGUCCGCCAACGCGAUGGAUCGCUCCGAGGCUGGUUCCAAAUGCAGAAUGCAGAAUGCACAUAAUACUUUAUUGAGGGAGCGAAGAAAAGCUUUUAUUGUGUUAUUGAGAAGAAUCAUUGAGCACCGCUGUGUCUCUGACCCGCCGUGUCUGAUGAUGAAUACCGGCCGUUUUAAAUCCCUGUGUUGUUCUCUAAUCUGGAGGAUUCAUCAUGUUUAAUCGCCGCCACUUUUGGAUUUAAUCAGAUCUCUCUCCUGCCGGUGGAGAGGCGCUGGAGUCGGGUUCACGGUCUCGUAAAGAAACGAGAGGUGGGGUUUUCUAAAACGUAAUCAAGGGCAUCCCGUUCCUUGACCUUGGUCUAAUGAGCGGGGAGGACCCACGUGUGAGGUGCUCUCACUUGGGAGGGGGCGCCGGGGGCUUGUUUCACCCGACGCACUGCACUAACCUAAUCUUCCUUUCAAUCCUUUUUCUCCUCUUCCUGUUCUGCUGCUCUGCUGCCAGGGCUGAUAUCUGUGCCGUGGAACCAGCCCUCGGUUCCACACUGAAUUUAUGCUCUUCUACUCCUGCAACUGCCUACAUCUAUUUUCUUCAUGUGUGCCUUUUUUUCUUCCUCUCUCUCUCUCUCUCUCUCUCGCUCACUCACCCAUCGUGCCUCCCCUCCCUCAACCCUCCCCUCUUUCCUGGUGGUUGUGUCCCGGUGUCUCCCUCAUCUCCCCCCCCCCCCCCCCCCCCCCCGUCUCCUCUCGUGUGGUUUACUCCUUCCACCUCCUGACCACUGUCUCCCUUCCUUCCGUCUCCCCUCCCUCCCCCUCCCCCUCCCCCUCCCCCUCCACCCCCUCGCUGGUGAUCCGGGCCACGCUUGCAGUAGAGAUUAAAGUGAUCAAGGACCUGCCGUGGCCCCCCCCCGUGGGCCAGCUCAACAGCACCUCCCCCCUGCUGGAGGAAGAGGAGCCCCCGUCUCCCUCCCAGCCCCCCCCAGGCCAGAGCGGCUGUGACCAGCACCACAAUGUCCAGUUUGAGGGCGUGGACAAGCCCCGCGGCUCGCCCCCCUGCGAGGCGAAGACCCGGCCGCCCCAGCGCCACUCCAGCGGCUGUCUGGUCAACACCAAGAUGACCCCGCUGGACCACUGCAGCCCCUCCCAGGGGGAGCGCAUCGACCCCGGCCUGCCCCUAGAGAACCAGUUCUGGUACCACGGGGCCGUGAGCCGCACCGACGCAGAGUCCCUCUUGAGGCUCUGCAAGGAGGCCAGUUACCUGGUGAGGAACAGCGAGACCAGCAAGAACGACUUCUCCCUGUCCCUCAAGAGCAGCCAGGGCUUCAUGCACAUGAAGCUGGCGCGCACCAAGGAGGGCAAGUACGUGCUGGGGCAGAACAGCUGCCCGUUCGACAGCGUGCCGGAGAUCAUCCACUUCUACUCCAGCCGCAAGCUGCCCAUCAAGGGGGCGGAGCACAUGUCCCUGCUCUACCCUGUGGCCAUCAGGACACUAUAGUUCCCCCCCCCCCCCCCCCCCCCAGCUAGACGUCAACACUACAAACACCCCCUCACCACCACCGACCCUCUCAUCACCCCUGCUGAACCCACUCGGACCACUUCUCCACUUUAUGGUCACCCUCCUCCUCCUCCUCCUCCUCCUCCUCCUCCUCCUCUUCGUCCUCCCCUGACACCCCCUGCUCCUUCAUGUCCUCUUUGUUCUGUGAUGGGUGGAGGGGGGAGUGGAGCUGGACAGAGAUGUCUGUGUGUGUGUGUGUGUUGGGGGGGGGGGGGGGGGGGGGGGGGGGGGGGGGGGAGGGUGCUAUACAGUGACAGUGAACUCCAGAGAACUGCGUGGUGUGCAGACCCUGCAGCCCUGAUUACAGCCGCCUGCGCACCACGCCCCCCCCCCCCAUGCCUACUUGUCACAGAACUCGUUUUUAUUUUUGUAUUUUUAAGUACGUGUGUAUAUAUAUUUUUUAAUUUAUGACAGACCUUCCUCCCUUCAUGACACCACAGUCCGACGAGUCGGAUGGCCAUUUCCCCCCCAUCCCCCUGCUCUCGUAUGAAACAGUCUUGUUUGUUUGUUGUACUCUCCUUAGCACUUGACACUCUCGGGUGGGAGAAGCGCUCCGGCCUCUCCUCUCCACCGGGCUGCUCCUCGCAGCUCGAAAACACUUUGGUUUCUGAGAGUGUACGUAACCAUUGGCUUUCUCCUUUCCUUGAUUUUCUCAUUUGGCGAGGCACUCUGCUGAUUCCAUCAGAGCAACGCGUUGAUCAAUGUGAGCAGAGGGGCGGGUCUCCUGAUCCUACGGCCGUGUAAAACGAGCGGAGGCGGGUGGGAGGAACGUCGUCCACACGGGGGGGCUCUCCUUCCUCUCACCGCGGCCCCUGUGUCCUGACGCGGGCCCCAUACGCGGGGUGUAGAAGCAGCUCGUGAGUGAUGCGUCUCACCCACAGCGAGACGCGUGCGAACGGAUGUCUCCAUCCUGUCCGGCCCCGCAAGCCGUCGGGCUAUCCGUCACACGAGUUGGCGUCGGCGUCGUUGCGCAUGGCGACUGUAACUACGGCAACGGUUCAGCCGCCGUGUAGCGACGCGUGAUGGAUGGGGUCGCCGCUGUCGACCCGGAGCCCGGAGCGAAGCCAGAGCCGGUCCAAACGGAGCGAACGACCCUUACUUUUACCUGCUUAGCGUGGCCAGCAUCGGGAGAAUGAAAUAUGCCUGCAUUGUCUACCUCAGAAAAUCAAUUUCAUUCGCCCGUCCGCAGAUCAAUAGGUACGAUGGGAUUGCGUGGUAUUGAUCUGCUCUCCCGUCUCCACUUUCAAUUCCCUUAAAAUGACAUCAUUGUCUUAAUGUUGUUUUAGCAUCGACGGCCUCUGCCAUUUUAUUUCUUUUUGGAUUUGUACAAAAUAAAAAAGAUGAUAACAACUUAUUAUAAACAUUUUAUUUUUUUCAGAUCAGCAUUUGUAUGUAUAGUCACUGAUAUAUUGUGAUGUCCGUAACAAAUGUUUGGUUAAUGCCUUAUAAUGCAUGGGUCCAAUCAGUCCGGUGGAUCAGCUGAUUUCCAUUUCCUGCUUCUUUGGAUGAUUGUGCUGUGACAUGUAAUUUAUUCUGGGGUAAUUCUUCCUGAUGUUGUGACUCCUCAUCCUUCUUGCGCCGAAUCGUGAUCGUGUUUGAGUUCGGGUUCUAAGUGUCGGGAUUCCCCGACAGGCCUCUUCUACUGUGGUGCUCUGCGUUUUCUUUUGGUUUGGUUUUCUUUGUUGGAGAUCUGGUAACACUAGUUUGCCUCUGUAGCCUAGCUACCUUGAGAAUGGAGUCAUGAUGUGUCCUGACCAAUGAGAUUGUUGCGGGACUGUUUCAGCGGAAGCCCCCCGGACCAAUCACAGCAUGCUCCUGUGUCUGAAAUGGACAAGCGAUCACCGCCCCCCCCAUCAAGCAUUAAAACCUCUCCUCCAUGGACCUGUUGCGCUGUGUGUGUGUGUGUGUGUGUGUGUGUGUGUGUGUGUGUGUGUGUGUGUGUGUGUGUGUGUGUGUGUGUGUGUGUGUGUGUGUGUGUGUGUGUGUGUGUGUGUGUGUGUGUGUGUGUUGCCCUGCCGGUACAAACCAAAGGAGGAAACCCUCUAAGUGCUUCAUAGUUUAUCGGCUUAAUAAAUAGGACCUUGAUCCAGCCCAAUUACUUCAUUAUUUAUUACAUUUAACAUUUGCAUUAUUUAUGAGUAUUAUCGAUCCAUUGCUGCCAUGGCUAGACUAAUUCUGCAUGUGUUAAUCUAAAUGCUGCCACACAGCAAAAUCUAAUUUUGAUCUGGAAUCCAUGCUGUCAUUUGCAAAUAACAGAAAUUGCAAUUGAUUAUAUUCUGCCAUUUUUCACAUUGAAUAUCGCAAAUUCAAAAUUUAAAGCAAAUAGGAACAUGUCGUGGUUAAUCUGGCAGAAGAGGGCCACACAGCCAGUCCCUCACAUUCAGAAAUACUACAGAGAAAAUCCAUGUGAACAUGUAAAAGAAACUCAUUGGGUGUGCGUGCGUGCGUUUCUGACUGUGUCUGUCGGUGUGAGAGUGUGUGUGUCUAAUCCCCAAUUGAAGCUAUUGCCAAAGGGGGACAUUAUGGUUUGUGCGUAUGUCUCUAGUCUCCUUUUAAACACAUAACAGUACUUUGGAAACGAUGACUGGUACAAAGUGUGGCUUCAGUUUUAUUCUCAAUGGAAAAGAAUGUGAGCAGACAGGACGGGCCGAUGUCGUGAGGCUCCGGUCAGUGAGCUGAGUGGUAAAGGACUGGUUGUCUGUGGAUGUUGCGAAGAUGGCUUUACAGAAAGGUGUAUGGACCUAGCCAUUACAGUGAGCGAGGGCGAGGCUAGAAUAUGAAUGUUUACUCGAUGACUGAACCAACCGACCCUUUCCUCCUUGUAUUCUGGAUGGUUCUGGAGGGAUCUCGCUCUGUUUGUCUAAAGAGAGAUCUAGGUUUGAGACGGAGCAAGCUAAGGCGGAGGCGUCUUGAGGGAAAGGAUGGAGAGGGUAGAGGAGGUGGAGAUGGAGGGGUGGUGUGUGGGAGGGAGGUGAAGGAGGGGGGCUCUCCUGGCGGAUAAUGGGCCAUUGUUUCGAUCAGCAAGCCCCCUUGUCAUGUCCUUUUUUCAUUUUGAGUCCCCUCUCCCCUGAGAAGUGUCUUAAAUCGUGUGUGUGUGUGUGUGUGAUGACUACAUGCAUGGAGGGAUUUCAGCGUUUAACCAGCCUUUAGCCGUCAUCGACCUGCUCUGUGUGUUGCUGGCCACCGACGUGUGGCAAAGUGGCAUGUAUGUGUGUGAGUUUGUGCGUGUACAUGUUGUUGCUACGUAUGUACUGUAUGCACUACUAGAACAUCUCUGUAGGGUUCCUCACGGCCAAAUGUAUAUACUGAAUGUAUCGUACGGGGGGCAUAGAGGCAUCGAGGUUCCAAUUAAAUAAAUGCAUCAAUAAAGUUUGGUUUACGAGUCUGA